UAUUCCAUAUGAGGAAAAAGCUUUCUCUUCUGCAUUUACUACUUGAGAAGAGAACAAUACUCAGAAUUUUCAUUUUAUUUUUCUUCUUAUAAUCUCUUCUCUUUUUGUAUUUUCUCCUAUUCUCUUAAAGUUUGACAACAAAAGAGAAGAUGGAAAAGGGCUUCGUCAAGAUUUUCUCUCCUGAAAACAGUGGAAAGAGGCUCAAAAUUCCCACAUCUUUUACAUAUUACAAGAAUAGAAAAUUACCAAUGAAAAUUAACCUUAGGGAUCGAUUUGGCAAUAUGUGGCCUGUAGGAGUGAACAAAAUCGGAGGAAAUUUGUAUUUUCAAUAUGGAUGGGAGAAAUUUAUUGAGGAUAAUAGUGUAGAGGUUGGAGAUUUUCUUGUUUUUGACUAUGAUGGAAAUAAAAUGUUUGACUUUAAAUUACUUGGAAGAACUAAAUGUGAAAAGAACGGAGUUGGAGGUUUAAAAGCGGAAGAAAUGAUUGUUGAACAUCAAAAGAGUAGAGAGUCAAAAGAGAAGAAUUGGGCUAGUGAUAGCUGUAAUAGUUUUUCUUCCUACGAUAACGAUGUGGAGUACAUGGGAGAACGAGAUGAGGACGAGGAUGAGGACGAGGAUAAGGACGAGGAAUAUAAAGAGACUAAAAAGGUAGCAUGUUACGUGGAAGAUGAAGAAGAAGACGAUGAAGAUGAAGAAGAAGAAGAUGAGGGAGAGAAUCAAAGAACUAACACACAUAAGAAAGAGGCGCUACGAUCAAAAGCCUUUGCUUGCAAGGUGAGGAAUCGUCACGACCAUUUUGGUGUAGAUAUAUUCAAAAGUGGACGUGCAACACAGCCGAAAAAUCCUUAUUUUGUAGCAAAAAUAAGAUCAAAGAGGAGAGAUCAACUGUAUGUUCCGGUUGAUGUGGUAAAGGACUACAAACUUGAACUGCCUUCAAGUAUGACCAUUCGCGACUCUAUUGGCAGAGAAUUUGUGACGAAACUCAACAAGUGGAAGGACGGUAGAAUAUGGCUUGUAGGUGGAUGGCGCAGUUUAUGUAGAUGGAACCUUGUGGAGAAAAAUGACCAUUGUAUUUGUGAAUUUGUAAGAGGAAAGCGCAACAAAGACCUUCACUUACGGGUUCAAGUUCUCCGUGAAGGAGAAAGUUCUGUUACAUUAUAGACUAGAGUUGUGUCACUCUUUCUUAAGCUACUUUGAAUUGUGUACUUCUAUCCUUCUUUUUCUUCAAAUCCAAGAUUGGAGUCUUCUGUUGCAUCUUUCUACUGUUAAUGAACUCCUACAUAUUGUCAAAAAAGCUUGAUGUUC